CAUAUUUGAACAGAUCCCACCCCAAAAGUUCUCCCCAUAAAUACACUCAUCAACUAGAAAGCAACGCAUUUGAUAAGUUCCCCUACAUCUUCAAACUAAUAAGCAUCAUAAUCUCCAGGUUUUGGAAGCUAGCUAGCAGCUUAAUUCACUUAGAUAUGGGUCUUCCUGAUCAAACUCAAAUGACCAGUUCUACUACUACUUCUCAAUCUCAUCUUUAUCCUCAAGCACUCCAACUCAAACUUUACCAGGCCUUCAUAUUCUCGAUUCCUAUUCUUUUCUCCAUCAUUCUCUUUCUGUUGUUCUACUUGUUCUACCUCAAAAGGAGGGCUUCCACUCUUUCAUCUUCUCCUCCAAUUCUCAUUCGAAGAAGAAGCCACAAUCAAGCUUCAGCACCUUCACCAUAUGCUUCCUCACCUUGUCCAAUGGAUUUGAAGGGAGAGCUCAAAGAGAAGCUUCGGAUCAUUCUUUUUGAUGAAGAACUGAGGAAAAAGGAUUCCCAAUGUUGUGUUUGCUUGGGGGAAUUCGAAAUGGAAGAGGAGCUACUGCAGGUUCAAUCGUGCAAACAUGUCUUCCAUGUCGAUUGCAUACAUCACUGGCUGCACAACAAUACAACCUGCCCCCUUUGCAGAUGCUCGGUGAUUUCGAUUAGUAUGAGUACCAAACUCGAUAGUAAUCCGGCACCAGUAACUGUUAGUACCACCGUGUCAACGGAGCCAGCUGCACAACAACUCCAGCAGCACCAUAGCAUAGUAGUCUCCCACCACAGUCCUGGGAUAGUAUCGUUGGAGCUACGACAACACCAGGAACAACAGCAACAGAUGGACAAUUACAAUUACGUAGCUUCAAAUGUGACAACACCGGUUGGAGAAGAGUCAUCAUCAAUCACGGGGACUGGUACUGGUUCAACUUUAAGGGACUCUGGGUGUUCUAGUACUAGUGAUCGAGAUUUGGGAGACUCGGUUACUAUUCAUAUCCGAGACGUUUAAGCCAUGCGUGCUUUCCUUCUUCAACCAGGAAUAACAUAUGUUUCUCAGCUAUGUACUUUUGCACUGAGAAGUCCAUUUUUGGCGGCUAAUUAAUUAGCUAGAUAGACGAGAGACCAGUUAUAUUGCCAAGGACCUCGAGAGAGGUCUAUAGUGUACGUAAUUUGAAGUACUUCCAUGGAAUAGUGAAUGAUUAAUAUUGGGCAUCCUUCUCUUGUAGGGGAAAUUCUAGUGUAGUGGUGGGUAUCUCAUACCCACAUUUACAAAAGUGAGAACAAAUU